AUGUCGAAAACAGUUGAAAUAACAUCUACAGAGCAGUUUCUAACACUGCUCUCAUCGACUCCCGUCCUAAUAGCGGACUUCUACGCGGACUGGUGUGGACCAUGUAAAGCGAUAGCUCCGGUAUUCGAGAGUCUCUCGGCACAACAUUCUGGUGCAAAGGUGAAAUUCGUGAAGGUCAAUGUCGACAACCAGCAAGAGGUCGCGGGCCUCUUCAAUGUCACGGCCAUGCCUACAUUCAUGAUCUUCAAAGACGGCGAGGUUUUGCGGGAAGUGAAGGGAGCAGGAAAGGACGCCCUCACCAACAUCGUUAUGUUAGGUGUACGGGCUUCUAAAGGUGAAGAUACUUCCGCUGGCCCAGCGGAGGGUGAUGGCACAGCCUGGUUAGGUGCCCCAGUUCCGAGAGGUUACCAGGAUAUUACGGAUGAAGUGGAAGUGAAGGGCAUAGAUAUGCUCAACCGCGACGACGAAGCAGGACUUGGAAAGUGUCUAUUCGAUACUCAAGCACCAAGGACAGCCGAAACAACCAAAGCUGGGGAUAAAGGAAAAGGAAAGGAAGAGAUAAAACCAGACUGGGUUGAGAGUGACACGGACGAGCAGUUGAUUGUGUUCAUGCCCUUCCAAUCCUCCAUCAAGAUCCAUUCCCUACAUAUCACCUCGCUCCCGCCUUAUAGUGAUGACGACGAGGCACCUAUGCGACCAAAGACGAUAAAACUCUUCACGAACCACUCACAUAUCAUCGGUUUCGAGGACGCGGACGAUAUAACUCCAGUUCAAACUUGCGAGAUAUCGCCCAAGGACUGGGACCCAAAGACUGGCACAGCAAAGGUUGAGCUCCGCUAUGUCAAGUUCCAGCGAGUAUCUUCCUUGGUUGUAUAUUUCGUUGAUGGCGAUGGAGACGGCGAGAAGAUAAGAGUAGACCGAUUAAGACUGAUGGGCGAGAAGGGCGAGAAGCGAGAAGGCACUCUAGAGAAGGUUGGCGACGCGGAGUAG